CAGUAACUGAUGACGAAACAUAAACAGAGCUCUCCUAUUGGUCGAUGCAAGAUGUAUGCAUGAUUGUUUUUAUUAACAGUAAGAUUCUAACCACAGUUUUCUCUUAUAUGUUUAAAUCGGGUUUUAAGUUAUAUAAUGUUCAUCUGAAUGUAUUCAUGUAAACUUGUUGGUUUUAUGUAGUUAUCUGGUUCUUUUAGCAUGCAGGGCUACAAUAAAACAGCUUUUAAACCCUUUCACUUUCGAAUUCGUCGUCCCUUCCCAGGAAGUUAUCCGUGACGUUCUUCAGACACCUUCGUCAUUCAGGAAAACUUAAGAGCAGAAUAUAAUUCCAAUAUAGUUGGAUACAUGAUGGCUCUUUUCCAAGUAUCUGGUUUUAAGUCUUAUGCUGAACUCCGUGAGCAGAUUCUUCCAGCCAGACAGACGCAUCUCUUGGACCGAACCAACCACUACAACUUCGGGACCAGAACUCAGGAAUUUGCUGUCCCUCUGGGUGUAGACCCUUCAGGGUUUCUCAGAACCUGUAACCGUGAUGGUGGUGUGAGUAUAGACCUGAACCACGGGACGACCACCCUGGCCUUCAAGUUCAAACAUGGAGUCAUUGUGGCUGUGGACUCCAGAGCCUCAGCAGGCCGUUACUUGGCAUCCAACGACGUCAACAAGGUGAUAGAGAUCAACCCCUACCUGCUGGGCACCAUGUCGGGCAGCGCUGCAGACUGCCAGUACUGGGAGAGACUCCUGGCCAAAGAAUGCAGGCUCUACAGGCUGAGGAGCAACCACAGGAUCUCUGUGGCUGCUGCCUCCAAGCUGCUGUGCAACAUGAUGCUGGGCUACAGAGGCAUGGGCCUCUCUAUGGGAAGCAUGAUCUGUGGAUGGGACAAAGAGGGUCCCGGUCUGUACUACGUGGACGACCAAGGGACGCGUCUGUCCGGCCGCAUGUUCUCUACCUGCUGUGGGAGCAGCUACGCCUACGGCGUGGUGGACAGCGGCUACAGGGAGGACAUGACGGUGGACGAGGCGUAUGAGCUGGGACGCCGGGGCAUCGCUCACGCCACACACAGGGACGCCUACUCUGGAGGGGCGGUCAACAUGUACCACAUGCAGCAGGACGGCUGGAUAAAGGUGUGUAAGGAUGACGUCUCCGAGCUGAUCCACCGCUACAGGAAGGGAAUGUUCUGAAUGCUCAGCACUCUGAACACACUGAUGAUGCGUUUCUUUCCAGAAGCUUCUUUGUGCACUUUUCUAGUAGUGAUUUUGGAGAUGAUCCCACUGAUGUCUCACAGCAGAGAAAUGCUCUCCAAACGUUUCUUUCCUUCCACAUGAACCUGAAGUCUACAGAACCAAAGUGUCACUAAACUGCUGAGCUCAUUGUGUGCUGUUUGUUGCUAGUGAUGUAAUGCAGGUGCUGUGUGUGUUGGUUCUCACAUGCUUCUGUGUACUAGUGUGUUCUUUGUGUUGACCACACAUGCUGUUUAAAAUACUUUCACCAACACAACACAACAAUCCCAAAUACAGCCCUGCUGUCCUGUGAUGAUUGACAUGAACCAACCAAGAGGGAAAUUGAGUCAGUGGGUCACAUGUUGAUGAAAAUUAGAAGAUUUAGAUCUUAAGGCCUUUUUAUUCUUUCCUCUUUCACUUUUUCAGUCCUUUUACUGUCAACCACAUUAUUUCCUUCAA